AUGUCCUUCGAUAUUGAUUGGGAAAAAGUCAUUGAAGAUGAAAGUAUUAAUCAGGGAUUGGAAGAGAUUUUAAAUGAACAACUAAAGAAAGUGACACUUCCUUCUUUCAUCGAUAAACUCACUGUUACCAGCUUCUCCCUUGGUAAGAUUCCUCCAGAAAUCACAAUACGACACAUUGAUAAUCCAUUUGAGGAGUUUUACCACGACUAUAAUUCUGAUGAGAGCAUUACGAAGGUAGUGAAAAGUUUGUCACCUCAGCUCAGUGAAAGUGAUAGUGACAACUCCGAUGAUGAACAUUUGCACCACACCACCUUAAAUGAAUUUGACAACAAAGAGAUCCUACCUAACUUUUCUCCUACACCAAUCGAAACAACUAGCCGAAAGAGUCUGGACAUUUUCAAAAAUUUUCACAAUUACAAUAUGAACAACGUCGGUUUGGGUCACCAUGAUAUGGAUACACCUGCUAACUUUUUCUCUCCCAAUAACUAUCCAUUUAGAGCAAAUUCCACACGCCAACCAGAAGCAAACAAAAGUGAGAAUGAUAUUCAAUUCAUACUAGAUAUUAAUUAUAAAGGCGAUGCAUCAUUGGAAAUCACAGUUAAUCUACAGGUGAAUUACCCUUCCUCUCAUUUCAUCUCCCUCCCAAUAAAAUUGAGAAUAUCCGAUAUAGUCAUUCACUCAUUAGCGGCUGUGGCUUAUUUGGAGAAAAGUGUAUUUAUCACAUUUCUUUGCGAUUUGAAUGAUACAAGUUCGGACUAUUUCACUUCAUCUAACUCCUCAGGACAAAGCAAAGUUGCAAAUAUGAAUGGUGGAAAUUUCGUAGAUUACACUGGUACCAAUUAUAGAGAGAGAAUUGAUGUUAUCAAGAGUGUGAAAAUAGACACCGAAAUAGGGGAGAUGGAAAACAACAUCUUGCGAAAUGUCGGAAAGGUGGAAAAAUUCUUGGUUGAGCAGCUUCGGAGCCUCAUCAGGGAUGAAAUAGCAUGGCCCAAUUGGAUAUGCCUUGAUCUUGAUGACGACGACGAUGAGGAUGAAGGCGAUCACGAAGAUGAAAAUGAAAGUGUUGACAAAGAUGCAAAAGAUCAUGCAAUGAGUGAUGAAGGAAAGGAGCAACUCGAACAUGAUAAUCGUGACAAGCGACAUGAUGCUGAACAUGAUGCUGAACAUGAAGGUGAAGAUGAAACUGAAAUGCCAAUUGGAGAUCGGGGUGAAGAUGAAGGCAGUGAUGUAAACAAGGUUCCAGAAACCAAGUUAUAG